AGUGAAACUGAAAGAAACGAAGCAACGAAAACGAGAAAGAGAAAACAAAGACGAAAGGAAAAAGCACCACCAACGCUCAAAUUUGCAAAAUCUUAAAGUCCUCACUGUAACUAUUGCAACAUCCUCUCUUUUCCAAUGGAUUACCUUAAAUCGGCACUUCCUUCUCAAAUAAUGUCAGAACGAGGCUCCAAUCUGGUUGUUAUCAACCCAGGUUCUGCAAAUAUUAGAAUUGGCUUGGCUUCACAGGACACCCCUUUUAAUAUUCCUCAUUGCAUUGCUCGCCAUACCAAACAAGUUCCUAAGAGGAAUGUUCAAGAUCAGAUGCUUAAUAGUCAGGUUACAACUGCACAGCAUAUGGAAAGGGAGAAGGCUUAUGAUGUUAUUGCAUCACUGUUGAAGAUACCAUUUCUGGAUGAAGAAGCUCCCAGUAACUCUUUCCCUCGUAAGAUGGGACGUGUUGAUGGACAUAAUCCACACAUUAUCCGGAAAGAUUUGCCCUUCACUUGGACUAAUGUCUAUGAGGAGGCCACUAGUUCAUCUUCAGCAUUAGAGACUUCUAGUAAAGAUGAGACUACUGAGUUUUUGGAUCCAAAAGAAGGUACAGAUUCAAAGCAACUAGAUGUGAGUGAACGAAAAUUCAAAGAGUUCAUUUGUGGUGAGGAAGCAUUAAGAAUAUCCCCGACUGAACCAUAUUGUUUAUGUCGUCCAAUCCGCAGAGGGCACUUGAAUAUUUCACAACAUUAUCCCAUGCAGCAGGUACUUGAGGAUCUACAAGCUAUUUGGGACUGGAUUUUAAUUGAGAAACUGCACAUUCCUCGCAAUGAAAGAAAUAUGUACUCUGCUGUUCUUGUGAUGCCAGAAACAUUUGACAAUCGUGAAAUAAAAGAAGUGCUAUCUUUAGUACUGCAAGAACUUUGCUUUGGCUCAGCAGUGGUACACCAGGAAGGUCUUGCUGCAGUUUUCGGGAAUGGAUUAUCAACAGCAUGUGUUGUGAAUAUUGGUGCUCAGGUGACAUCACUUAUAUGCAUAGAGGACGGAGGUGCUUUACCAUCAACCGGAAAGACUUUACCUUUUGGCGGUGAGGAUAUAUCAAGGAGCCUUCUCUGGACCCAAAGGCAUCACCAGACUUGGCCUCAAAUUCGUACAGAUAUUUUGACAAAGCCUAUAGAUCUGUUAAUGUUAAAUCAACUGAAAGAGACAUAUUGUGAAAUCAAGGAGGGUGAGCUUGAUGCUGUUGCAAUUGUUCAUUCUUAUGAGGACAAAGUGCCAGCUGGAUCUCACAGAACAAGGCUUACUGCUCUUAAUGUUCCUCCUAUGGGGUUGUUCUAUCCAAUGCUUUUUGUUCCUGAUGUGUAUCCUCCUCCACCACGAACUUGGUUUCAUGACUAUGAGGACAUGCUAGAAGAUGCAUGGCAUAUUGAAUUUUCCCGAAGGUCUGACAUGUCGGAUAAUUUUUAUCCCAAUGUCAAUGGAGGAUUACCCAUGUGGGAAACCUAUCCAGUUUUUUCAACUAAGCCAAAAAAAGAAGAAAAAGUCGGCCUUGCAGAGGCUAUUACCAACUGCAUUCUCUCUACUGGCCGCAUAGAUAUCCAGAGAAAAUUAUUUUGUAGCAUACAAUUGGCUGGCGGGGUGGCUUUGACAAAUGGUUUAGUUCCUGCAGUAGAAGAAAGAGUUUUACAUGCCAUUCCUCCAAAUGAAGCAAUAGAUACUGUGGAGGUUCUACAAUCAAGGACAAAUCCAACAUUUGUGUCAUGGAAAGGCGGGGCGAUACUUGGAGUGCUUGAUUUAGGUAGGGAUGCAUGGAUAAGUCGGGAGGAUUGGAUUCACAAUGGGGUUCACAUUGGAAGUAACAAAAAAUAUAAGGAUUCUUAUUAUCUUCAAGCUCAAGCUAUGUGCUACAUGAAUUCUUGAAAGGUCGAUAACACGUUACAAUGAAAAUAUACCAAAAAAGAAAUGUUAAGAAUGUCUGAAGUAGGCUGUUUGAGUACUAAUUACAUGGAUUAUAAUUACAUCAUUCCUUAUUAUAUAUGUGUUUGGUGUAUCAUAUUAUAAAGUCAAUUCAAAUGGAUUUAAAUAGUUAU